AGCAAAACCUCUUCUCCUCUUUAAUAACUUGUAGAAACAAACACAAAUAAAAGUUUAAUUAGUUUUAAGCCCAACAAAAAUGGGUAGUGCUAAAUCAGCCAUGCUAGUCCUCUUACUAGCAAUGGUCAUCUCAUCUUGUGCCACGGCCAUGGACAUGUCCGUUGUUUCCUCCAACGAUAACCACCACGUGACCACUGGUCCCGGCCGUCGCCAGGGUGUUUUCGACGCUGAAGCCACCUUGAUGUUCGAGUCAUGGAUGGUUAAACAUGGGAAAGUGUACGAGUCCGUUGCCGAGAAGGAGCGGCGUUUAACUAUUUACGAGGACAACCUCCGUUUUAUCACUAACCGGAACGCUGAGAAUCUUAGUUAUCGGCUUGGUUUGAACCGGUUUGCGGAUCUAUCUCUCCAUGAGUACGCACAACUUUGCCAUGGGGCUGAUUCAAGACCUCCUAGGAACCACGUCUUCAUGACUAGCAGCAACCGAUACAAAACUAGUGAUGGUGAUGUUCUUCCUAAGUCCGUUGACUGGAGAAACGAAGGUGCAGUGACUGAAGUCAAAGAUCAAGGCCAAUGCAGUUAAAUAAUUCAGGUUUGUUACAUUAUUUAAUAACAGGUAUAUGUUAAA